AUGGACGAAUCAGACCCUCUCCUCAGUGAGCUCUGCUCUAUAUGCCACAUCAACCCCCCCAAAUACCGCUGUCCGCGCUGUUCAACACGCACCUGCUCUCUCCCAUGCACACGCCGCCACAAGCUCUGGUCUCAAUGUUCCGGUGUCCGCGAUCCAGCCGCAUACCUCAAGCGAAGCGAACUAGCCACCGAAGUUGCAUUUGAUCGUGACUUUAACUUUAUCACCGGCAUUGAGCGCUCGCUGGAGCGUGCGGAGAGAGAUGUGGAAAAUCGGGGGAUUGAGUUGGCGCGUGGACAAGUCCCGCAAGGUGAAGAGGGCCAGGAUGAUGCUAGUUCUGGUACUGGUGCUGUUUCUGGGGCUGGGCGUAAGAGAAAACAUCCUACCCAGGGCCUGGUAAAGGGCGAAGCUGGGUUCCUGCGUGGUGCAGAGGCGGGCCUGGUGAAGGUUCUUCGGGCGCCGAGGGGGAUGUCGAGGAAUAAGCAGAAUACGUCACGGUGGCAUCCGAAGCACAAGUGUCUAAGCUGGACGGUGGAAUGGAUCUCCACCGCUGGAGAGAAGACUAUUCGCAAUGCGUUGGAGACAUACCUAAUCUCCGAGGCCUAUGACCGGGCCUACCCACUUCCUAAGCAGGACCGACCUGUUGCCGAUUCAAAGAAAGAGAAAGAAGUCGUGCAGGAGAAUACCCCUACAGAGCAGACUCCAACAGCCACCGAGACGCCCGAUACCUCAGUGCCCACAACUACAAUCACCACUACAGAGCCCACCGGUCCCUCCACAAACCCAGAGACAACCCAAACGCCUACGGCACCAACAGAACAAAAAGAAAAAGAACCAGAACCAGAACUUCCUCUAACGUCCCAUCGCAAUCUCUACUUCUACCUCCACCGCCCCCGAACAACCACCAAAAAACCCGUCCUCGCCCCCUCCCACCCUCCACAAAACUAG